UAGUCAUCUGACGGGGUGAGCGCUCUGUGGACGUUACCGCUACAUCAAGGGCCAGCACUGUUAUCACAGAGCGGGACACCGACAACCUCCAUGAAGGACCGUCUCCUGCUGCAAAAAGAUACACUGUAACAACGGAGGGGCAACCGGAAACACCACCUGGACGUUUAGUGGUUUGCACGGGAGGACAAUUUCCCCCUGAAAUGUAGCCAGCAGCGCGAGCGUGUGUUGUUAUAUUCGCGCGGUUGCUGCAUGCAUGGCUCUUCACAGGGAUGCCAUGAAAAUCAGAACAGCCGACUGAGACACCGCUGCUCCUCGCUAUCACAGACACGGCGGUGGCGGCGAGCGAGGAGAGAAGGUGAACGAUGGAUUCUGGUAGAAAGAUCCACAUUAGGUAGCGAGAACGCGGAUCCACGGAGAGCUGCACGUCUCUGUUGCACAGUGAAGUCGCCGAAAAGAUGGAUUUCAGCCUGCUCCGAAAUAUCAUCAGCAGAUACUGUGUGGGGGAGGAGAUCUGGGUGGACACUCGGACGGUCUACAUCGGGCAUAAAGAACCCCCUCCGGGAGCCGAGGCCUACAUCCCUCAGCGUUACCCGGACAACCGCAUCGUCUCCUCCAAGUACACCUCCUGGAACUUUGUGCCCAAGAAUUUGUUUGAGCAGUUUAGAAGAAUCGCUAACUUCUACUUCUUGGUGAUAUUUCUGGUCCAGCUUAUCAUCGACACCCCCACUAGCCCAGUCACCAGCGGCCUGCCUCUCUUCUUUGUUAUCACUGUCACCGCCAUAAAACAGGGCUACGAGGACUGGCUCAGGCACAAGGCUGACUGCUCUAUAAAUGAGUGUCCGGUGGACGUGGUGCAGCGGGGGAAGGUGGUGAGGACGCAGAGUCACAAGCUACGGGUGGGGGACAUCGUCGUGGUGAGGGAGGAUGAGACUUUCCCCUGUGACCUCAUCCUGCUCUCAUCCAGCCGCUCUGAUGGGACCUGCUACGUUACCACCACCAGCCUGGACGGGGAGUCCAGUCACAAGACCUAUUAUGCUGUACCUGAUACCAUGGCCUUUAGAACGGAGCAGGAGGUGGACUCGUUACAUGCUACUAUUGAAUGUGAACAACCGCAGCCUGACCUCUACAAAUUUGUGGGACGCAUCAAUAUUUACAAGGACAAUGAAGAGCCUGUGGCUAGACCACUUGGGGCUGAAAACUUGCUCCUUAGAGGAGCGACACUGAAGAACACGCAACAUAUUUAUGCUGUUGCAGUCUACACUGGUAUGGAGACCAAAAUGGCGCUUAAUUAUCAGUCUAAAUCUCAGAAGCGCUCAGCUGUAGAAAAGUCAAUGAACGCCUUUCUCAUAGUGUAUCUUUGCAUCCUGAUCAGCAAAGCUGUCAUCAACACUGUUCUGAAAUAUGCUUGGCAGUGGUCACCUGACCGAGACGAGCCCUGGUACAACCAUCGGACUGAGAACGAGCGGCAGCGACACGUGGUGAUCCGAGCAUUCACAGACUUCCUGGCCUUCAUGGUCUUAUUUAAUUACAUCAUCCCAGUGUCUAUGUACGUGACGGUGGAGAUGCAGAAAUUCCUGGGCUCAUAUUUCAUCACAUGGGAUGAGGAGAUGUUCGAUGAAGAGCUGGGAGAGGGUGCUCAGGUUAAUACCUCUGACCUAAAUGAAGAGCUGGGACAGGUGGAGUAUGUGUUCACUGAUAAGACCGGCACUCUGACGGAGAACAACAUGGAGUUUAUUGAGUGCUGUGUCGAUGGGAACGUCUACAUCCCACAUGCCAUCUGCAACGGCCAAAUCCUCAGCGCUGCCUCCAGUAUAGACAUGAUUGAUUCUUCACCUGGAGGAUACAGGAGAGAACACGAGGACUUGUUUUUCCGGGCGCUCUGUCUCUGUCACACGGUGCAGGUGAAGGAGGAGGAGACCGUGGAUGGCAUCAAAAGGGGCAUCCACCAGGGCCGGCCCACCUCCUUCUACAUCUCCUCUUCCCCGGAUGAAGUGGCACUGGUGGAGGGAAUGAAAAGGCUGGGCUACACCUAUCUGAGGCUGAGAGACAACUACAUGGAGAUCCUCAAUAAAGACGAUGAGAUUGAAAGGUUUGAGCUGCUCCACGUGCUGAACUUUGACUCCGUCAGGAGGAGAAUGAGCGUCAUCGUCAAGUCAGGCUCAGGAGAAUACCUACUGUUCUGUAAAGGGGCUGACUCGUCCAUUUUUCCACGGGUGGUGUCAGGGAAGGUGGAGCAAGUGAAAGCUCGAGUGGAGCAGAAUGCAGUGGAAGGGCUGCGGACUCUGUGUGUCGCGUAUCGACGGCUGUCAGAAUCCGAAUACCAGGAGGUUUGUCAUCACCUGAACGAAGCCAAGCUGGCCCUGCAGGACAGGGAGCAGAGGCUGGCACAGGCCUAUGACAUCAUCGAGAGGGACUUUGUGCUCUUGGGCGCUACGGCAGUGGAGGACAGGCUCCAGGAGAAAGCUGCAGACACCAUCGAGUCGCUGCACAAGGCCGGGAUGAAAGUUUGGGUCCUGACGGGGGACAAAAUGGAGACGGCUGCUGCUACCUGCUACGCCAGCAAGCUGUUCCGCCGCAGCACCCAGAUCCUGGAACUGACCAAGAAACGCACAGAGGAGCAGAGUCUGCAUGACGUCCUGUUUGAGCUGAACAGGACUGUUCUCAGACAACGCUCCAUUUCAGGGUUGUCAGUAGACUGCCUUGAUUUUGGUCUGAUCAUCGAUGGGGCCACUCUGUCAGCAGUCCUGAAGACUAACCAGGAAGGAGCCGGGUCGGGGAACUACAGAGAGAUCUUUCUGGAGAUCUGUCGCAACUGUAGCGCGGUGCUCUGCUGUCGCAUGGCACCGCUGCAGAAAGCACAGAUUGUGAAGCUAAUUAAAGCCUCUAAGGAACAUCCCAUAACCCUCGCCAUCGGUGAUGGCGCCAAUGAUGUCAGCAUGAUCUUGGAAGCACAUGUGGGGAUUGGCAUCAUGGGUAAAGAAGGCCGACAGGCAGCAAGAAACAGUGACUACGCCAUCCCAAAGUUCAAACACCUGAAGAAGAUGCUCCUCGUUCACGGCCACUACUAUUACAUCCGAAUAGCUGAACUUGUGCAGUACUUUUUCUACAAGAAUGUAUGCUUCAUCUUCCCUCAGUUCCUCUAUCAGUUCUUCUGUGGGUUCUCCCAGCAGCCUCUGUACGACACUGCCUAUUUGACGUUGUACAACAUCAGCUUCACCUCACUCCCCAUCCUCCUGUACAGCUUGGUUGAGCAGCAUGUCACCAUGGAGACACUCAAGAGGGAGCCCUCCUUGUACAGGGAUAUAGCAAAGAACUCCCUCCUCCGCUGGCCUGUCUUCCUCUACUGGACGUGCCUGGGUGUGUUUGACGCUGUGAUCUUCUUCUUUGGUGCCUACUUUCUGUUUGACAACACCACCUUCACCAGCAAUGGCCAGCUUAUGACCACCAACACACAGAUGAUGUUUGGGAACUGGACCUUCGGGACUCUCGUCUUCACUGUGCUGGUGUUCACCGUUACGCUCAAGCUUGCCUUGGACACACACCACUGGACCUGGAUCAAUCACUUUGUCAUCUGGGGGUCACUACUUUUCUACGUUAUUUUCUCUCUUCUCUGGGGAGGCAUCAUUUGGCCCUUCCUGAACUAUCAGAGGAUGUACUAUGUAUUCAUGCAGAUGCUGUCCAGCGGUCCGGCCUGGCUCAGCAUCAUCCUGCUCAUUACGGUCAGCUUGCUGCCAGAUGUCAUUAAGAAGGUCCUCUGCAGGGCUGUUUGUCCCACAGCAACUGAACGUGCACAGGAUCAGGAGAAGCUGUCUCGGGGUGGCGUGGCCGAACUGACUCCACUGUCCUCUCGUCAGCCCUGCAAAGGCACGAGCCCGGACUCCUCCCACCUCCACCUCAGCGCUGUGGAGAUGCUGUCGCUCCACAGGUCUGACCCCCUUCCCCAAAAACUACUGGCCCACUUGGCAGAAGGGGGAGGGGCUGAUUUGUGCGCUCUCAGCCCCUACAUGGUCCGUCUGUCAGGGGCGGGAUUCGCUUACUACGCUCCAGGGCCGGAGACCUCAGUGUGAAGAACACAGACCCUGAAACUUUGUGUCUUCUGGGAUGAAACAAAGUACGAACAACAUCUGCGUCUCAAGGAUCAAGAGGUUUUAUAGAGCAAAAUACAAACAGCAUCAUCACCAUGUGCAUUUUCUGGGCCGCACCCACGUGGAAACCCUUUAGGUAUUAUAGCACUGACACCUCAUCUUCACAUCUUUCUGUUUCAGUGUAGUCCCCGUCUUAGUCUCAUAAAGUUCCUAUCCAAACUCUUACUUGAAAAAGUCUAAGAACAAAAGGGGAAUCAUGUGCAACAGUGCAUCCUUUCAUGCACUGCGGAACUGUCCUGUUUCAGCAUGUCAAGUCGAACUUUUUUGUACUCCUCGUCCUUAUUUUCUGUCUCACAAUCUUGCCUGUUCCUCCACUUGUUUGUGUCCCUUUUUUGCUUCUUUGUAAAAAAAUGUUUGUCUAAAACAUUUAUGUAUAGUUUGUGGUCUGGCCAAGUAAAGGGCAGCCGUCGAAGCUCAGCCCUUUAGGUGCGUGUGCGUGUGCAUGAUCGCGAGUGUAUGCAUGAUAUUUGCCUGUUUCUGUAUGUUUGUAUGUGACACAACUUUGCCUUACAGGUAACCACACAGCAGCAGGCUAGGAGCCAAAGGGGAACGGUGUUAAAGCAAAAGAUUUUCGUGGUGUAUUACAAAGCCUUACACUCACACACACACACACACACACACCAGUCAGCUGAAGGAGGGAAACGGGAAAAAUCUGAAGAGGGAUGUGCAGUAUUCUAGCCGCCCUGCCUUAAUUCAUAAAUGCUCAUUUUAGUGCGAGCAAAGAGAUUUUCAGAGGGCAUACAUGUCUGGUACAGUGUGUCUAUUCUUCUUUUCUCCUCAUGAUUGUGUCAACGUCUGUUUUUUCUUAUCUGCUCGUGUAGCAUGCUGUAUCUCUCUGCUGCAUGCUGAUCUGCUCCCUCUCUCUGUUCUUCCUUUAUCCUGCUUCAUCCCAGGCAUCAUUCAUCAAAAUGAAAACCUAACAUGACACCUUUUCCUCCUCCUCCUCCAGCGAUGAGCACACUGUACCCUCUGUUGCCCCCAUGUGGUCGUGUAGGGGAACAGCAGCAGUCUUUAUUUAUGGAUGCCCUGAAUGACUUGCUAACUCCUCUCUUGUUUGCAUUGUGCUUGUGUGUUUGCUGCCAUGCUCUGUGUUAUGCAAAAAGUCAAUGACCGAAUGUCACGUCAUUACAUCGUAAGAAGUUUGUCUUUGUGUUGCAUUAAUCCAUGAUUUAUGUUUGCUUUUUUUCUAAAGUUAUUGAUGGCAGUCACUGUUGAUGUAUGGAUGUAAUUUAAUAUAUAUUGUAGUAAGAACAGAGGUUAUGUUAAGAUUAUUAUUAUUAUUAUUAGAGUCUGUCUGUACGUAGGAGGGAGACUUGAAUCGGCGAUGUCACAAUCAAAUCACUAGAAUGUCGAACUGAUUUGUCCAUCAUGUCCUCCAGCUGAAGAUUGUAGCUCAUCAUGGAGGAACGUCUUUUCUGCAUCUCUAAACAGCUGAAGUCCAGUUUGUCCAAAGCAUAUCUGUGGUGUUGCACAGCAAGUGACUGACUCGGGUAGUCGUGAAUGUCAGAUUCUGAAGCAUUUUUGUAAGUUUAUACAGUUUAUUUUCAUACACACACCAUCUGCCAACAUGUAUAGAUUCAUAUUUUUUUUUUUCAACUAGGGCGCAGUUGGUUUAUAAGUUUAGAGGUCCGGAUUUGUCUCUUAGUUUCACUCAAAGCCUACUUCAAGUUUUUAGACUUGUGGGGGCUUCAACGUCCUGACCUCAGUAGAUAAAUAGAAGAGCCUCGGUGCUUGUUAUGCAGUGUCCCACCUCACUGUGCUGUUGCCAUACUGUAUCCAGACAUAUUCUACUAGAUUUCUACCACAACAAAGCUGUCAGAUCUAUUUUACUUUUUAAAAAGAAUACAUGGGGAGUUCUAUAUAUAGUCAACUUCUUCACGUCUCUUCUGUUUAUUUUUGUUUUGUCCAUUCUGAAUAUUUCUUUGCUACUUUUGUAUCCCAGAGAGAAGACUAUAUUUUAACUCUGUUAGAAUGUGUGUUCAAGUUUAUAACCAAAAGGAGAGCAACAUAAACAAUAUGUGAUUCAUUAGAGAUUUACCAAUAGGUCUACACUACACUGCACUUUGUUCUACAACAGAUCCCUGAAAAACAAGGUCUAUUGUCUGUCCACUGGGGUUUAUACGUGUUCACUCUUCCUCACAAGUUAUUUUUCUAAGAAUGUAGUGGGUGAGAUUUAAAAAAAAAAAAAAGUGACCAAAUAACUUGACUAGGAAUGGACUGUCUUGUCUGUCAAAGUGGUUUAUCGCACCAGCCUUCUACUGCUGAACAGAAUGUCAAACUGCUUUUUUCUAAGUCCAUCAGCAGGACAGCAGGUGCUCAUCCCGUCAUUCCUGAGCUUGGCAAAGGUCGGAAAUGUCGUCGACUUUUGUGCUCCAAGCAGCACGAUUCAUAAUCAUACCUUCAGUACAGCACUGUUUGUAUUACUAAACAGGUUUUGAGAAUUUUCCUUUUUUUUUGUUGUUUUUUUGGAUAAAGAUUUUAAAAGUUCACCUGUUGACUUUUUGCCAGCCUGUCUGUAGCAAAUGAAGGCAAAGCACUGUAUUGUCAUUCUGCUUGUAAUAAAGAAAGAGUGAAAACACC